UCCACUUCCUGGACUGCGGGGCUUGCGGCCCAGCGGGCGCGCGCACGCAGUGAUUUGCGGCCGAGAGAAGGCACUGGGGCGCUGAGCCGACAGCGACGUGUGGCGUCACAUGACGUGAGGUUUCUCGCGCGCGCCCUAGCGCGCGUCCUACGGGGCCGCUGUCGGGCGUGCGCGCUUGUGCGGAGCCGGAGGCGGGGGCCGGACCAGCACAGGUUGCGGGGCCCGACGAAGACGGAAGGCGGGGCCAGCUCCGCGACCGCGGCGACUACUUACUGAGCGAGCGCCGGGGCCCGAGGGGAGCGAUGCUGUGGUUCCAGGGCGCCAUUCCAGCCGCCAUCGCGACGGCCAAGAGGAGCGGCGCGGUCUUCGUGGUGUUUGUGGCAGGUGAUGAUGAGCAGUCUACACAGAUGGCUGCAAGUUGGGAAGAUGAGAAAGUGACAGAAGCAUCUUCAAACAGUUUUGUUGCUAUUAAAAUUGAUACCAAAAGUGAAGCCUGCCUACAGUUUUCACAAAUUUAUCCUGUAGUAUGUGUUCCAUCCAGUUUCUUUAUUGGAGACAGUGGAAUACCAUUGGAAGUAAUAGCAGGAAGUAUUUCUGCAGAUGAACUUGUUACGAGAAUUCACAAAGUCCAACAGAUGCACUCACAGAAAGGUGAAACAUCAGUGGGAAAUGGCAACCAGCCAGAAAGUUCAGUGUCUACUCCAUCUGCCUCGUUUGAACCUAACAACACUUCUGAAAACUCUCAGUCCAGAAAUGUAGAGCUUUGCGAGACACCACCCACUUCACCUGAAACAAAGUCAGAUACUGCAACAGGAGGAGAAAGUUUAGGCCAUGCCACUCCCUCUCAGGAGCCUAGUGGAUGUUCAAAUCAGAGACCUGCAGAGGACCUCACUGUCCGAGUGGAAAGACUAACAAAAAAACUUGAAGAAAGAAGAGAAGAGAAAAGGAAAGAGGAAGAACAGAGAGAGAUUAAAAAGGAAAUUGAGAGAAGAAAAACUGGAAAAGAAAUGUUAGAUUAUAAAAGAAAACAAGAAGAAGAAUUAACAAAAAGAAUGUUAGAGGAAAGAAACAGAGAAAAGGCAGAAGAUAGAGCAGCUCGAGAGCGUAUUAAACAGCAGAUUGCAUUGGACCGUGCAGAGAGAGCUGCUCGUUUUGCGAAGACAAAGGAAGAAGUAGAGGCUGCCAAAGCUGCUGCCUUGCUGGCCAAACAGGCGGAAAUGGAAGUUAAGAGGGAAUCUUACACAAGAGAAAAAAGCACUGUUGCAAGAAUUCAAUUCCGUCUUCCUGAUGGUUCUUCCUUUACAAAUCAGUUUCCUUCUGAUGCUCCUCUAGAAGAAGCAAGGCAGUUUGCUGCGCAGACUGUUGGCAACACUUACGGUAAUUUUUCAUUAGCAACCAUGUUUCCCAGGAGGGAAUUUACCAAAGAAGAUUAUAAAAAGAAAUUAGUGGAUCUGGAACUUGCCCCAAGUGCUUCAGUGGUACUGUUGCCAGCAGGAAGACCAACUACAUCGAUUGUACACUCUUCCAGUAGAGACAUUUGGACAUUGUUGGGGACAGUACUUUACCCAUUCCUUGCCAUCUGGAGAUUGAUUAGCAAUUUCUUAUUUAGUAAUCCUCCUCCUGCACAGACUUCAGUGAGAGUACCAUCGUCGGAACCCCCAAACCCUGCAUCAUCUAGCAAAUCAGAAAAAAGGGACCCAGUCAGAAAAAGAGGGCUGGAAAAACGUGGGGAAGACUUUAAAAAAGAGGGGAAGAUAUAUAGAUUGAGAACUCAAGAUGAUGGUGAAGAUGAAAACAACACUUGGAAUGGAAAUUCUACUCAACAGAUGUAGUGUGAUAAGUACAGUAUGUGCAAUAAUCAUUGUUUCUCUUAUGAUUUAAUUCAACUAAAAUUCUACUGGAGAAGUGGGACUGCUUUAUGUUUGUGAACUGAUUUACAAAGUGUCUCUUUAUUCCUGUUAGUGGGUAUGGGUUAAUGUCGUUUAAUUUAGAAAAGUCAAGACAUAAAAUAACUGUCUGCUGGGUCCUUGCGUUUGGUAACUACCGGUAGAAGCCUAAAUGGAUCACAAGGCCUGCCACAGCCUGCCUCCAGUCUGCUUCUUAGUACUUCAUAUGCUCAUUACCCCGUGCUCUUAGAGGACACAUUUUGUUUAGAAUGAUUUUGUUCCGAGACUCUUAAGCCCAUACCAAGUAUCUAGUAUGUUACUGAGUAAUUUGAUGCCAAGUCAGAGCAUUUUAACUAGCCAAUCAGAUGAUAAUUUAUGUUUAACUUUUCUUUUUCCUUAUCAGCUGCAAGCAAAAUCUUGUAGGUUUUAAUCUUACUUAACAUUGAAUAAAAAAUCUUUUUCCAAAAAUCAGAAUGACCUUAUUUUUACUUUAGGUUUUGUUAUCCUAGCAUCUUUUUGUUGCACAGGGCACUGUUGAAGUCAGGUGUCUCUGAUUUUUUUUCCCCAGUACCAUCCUGGAGCUAUGCCAGGAAUGUAGCUUGCCACCUUAAUCUUAAAUAUCACUGAAGAAAGAAAUUUUCCGACUUACUGAUGCCACCCUGCUGUCUCUCCUAAGCCAGUGAGGCAUCACUUUGUUUGCAUAAAGUUAAGAGUUUGUUAAAGUCUUUGUUCUCAUCAGGUAGAAAACACAGGCUAAAAUCUGUAACCUAGUUUUCUCUCUCAUCCUUAUACUGAAGCUUUGUUCUCAAUAAUCAUACUUCAAGGACCUAAAGUACCUGUAGGACAAGAAGUGUAGAAUAAAGACAUUUGCUAAUGUCUUAAGACAUUAAUGUCGUUUGCUAAUUCUUAAGAAUUAAAGGAGAUGCGGAAUCUGACUUACAUGCUACUUUAUCCAUAAUGUUCUUUGUAGUAUACUAGCUAGCAAUGUUUGGAAACAGUUCAUCUGUUUUAGAUUGGAAGAUAGCACUCUUGAGCAAACGUAUGGAAGGACUAUGACUUUAUUUUAUAAUGAGUGAAAGAUUUUCCCAGAGCAUACUUUAUUUUUCAUUUAUGAAAUAGCACCAAGUUUUAAAAAUGGCAAUAGUCAUUUUUUGGCAAGGAAACAGUGAGACAGGCUAUUCUUUUGGUAGAAAUGUAACCAGUAUAAUCUUUCUGAAAAACAUUUUUCAGAAACUUUAAUAUGUCAUAUUUUUUGAUCCAAUAACUUUCUAAAGAGUGAUCAUAAAUGCAGACAGUGUUUAGAUAUAAAUUGAUACUCACUAAGUGUUAUUUAUUUUACUCAAGAACUGGAAACCAACUAAAUCCCUUCUGCAAAAGUAAUUAAGUUUUGAUGAUGAGAAAUGAAUGGUAUAAUACUAAUUAUCAACUCAAUUUUCCAUAUGUUUAUUGAGCACACGUUAUCUCUUGGGAGAAAGAAGCAGAAGCCAGAGCUGUAGAGGGUGACCUCAGCUUUGUAAACACAUUUUCUAUAUAGAUAGUUGUAGGUAUUAAUAUAUAUGUCAAGAAACAGGAAAACACACCAAAACAUUCAUAGUGGUAAGAGUGUUACUUGUGACUUUAAUAGGUUUUUUGCACCUUCCUGUUUUCCCAAUUUUCUUCAGUGACCAUAUACUAUUUCCAUAACUUAAAAAGUGAAUUUGAAAAAGAAAAUCUCUCUAGCAAGCAUCCCAUUUAAAUAAAAGUUUGUCAUCCUUAAAAAUAUAGCAAUGUGAUUGUUUUAAAAGCCUGUCAAUAGGUAUGACCCUACUAAUAAUGGUUAGAAAUACAUUUGAAAAAAUAUCAAGUACUUUUAAGUCAGUUUGGCUUGAAAAAUAUCAAAUUUAAAUCCUAGAGAAAUGUACCUGAAAGAAUGCUUCAUAAUUUUUGAGUAGGAGGAUCCCUCCUCAAUUUUGUAUUUUUUAAGUACACAUGGCAAAAAAUUCAAAACAGUGUAUAAAUGAAAAGGUCUCCCUCUUCACAUCCUAACCCCCAAUACUAUUCUCCAAAGGUAAUCUAGUUAACAGUUUCUUAUGUAAUUUUCAGAAAAUUUUUAUGCGUAUAUAAGCAAAUAUGUAAUCUUUAUUUUUUAAAUAAAUGGGAUCAUAUUGUA